CAGAAAUCUGACCUCUGACCCUGAGCAUCAUGUCGUCCCUGAGCGGUAAAGUCCAGACCGUCCUGGGCCUGGUGGAUCCGGACCAGCUGGGCCGCACCAUGACCCACGAGCACCUGACCUCCAUGAGCUCCGGGUGCUGCUACUUCCCGCCGGCGCCGGGCGACGAGGCGGUGGCGUCGGACCCCUUCCACAUGCGGCACGUGCACUGGCUGAGGCAGAACCCGUACAGCGUCCGGCAGAACCUGCUGCUGCAGCAGGAGACGGCCGCCGUGCGCGACGAGCUGCUGGCCUACAGGAGGGCCGGCGGCGGCGCCAUCGUGGAGAACACCACCGCCGGCAUCGGGCGCGACCUGCCCGCCCUGCGGCGCCUGGCCCGGGACACGGGGGUCCACAUCAUCGCGGGGGCCGGGUUCUACGUGGACUGCACCCACUCGGAGGACACCAGGAAGAUGAGCGUGGAGAAGCUGACGGACGUCAUGGUCGGCGAGGUGCUGCACGGCGCCGACGGCACCGACGUCCGCUGCGGCGUGAUCGGGGAGAUCGGCACCGGCUGGCCCGUCACGGAGAGCGAGACCAGGGUGCUGCGGGCGGCGGCGCACGCCCAGGCCCAGCUGGGCUGCCCGCUCAUCAUCCACCCCGGCAGAGACCCCGCCGCGCCCGCCGCCGUGGUGCGGAUCCUCCAGGAGGCCGGCGCCGACAUCGGGAAGACCGUCAUGUCUCACCUGGACAGGACCAUCUUCCACCGGGGCGCGCUGCUGGACUUCGCCCAGAUGGGCAGCUACCUGGAGUACGACCUGUUUGGGACCGAGAUGCUGAACUACCCCUUCGACCCGGCGGUGGACAUGCCCAGCGACGCCCAGAGGGUCAAGACGGUGGCGUUCCUGAUGAAGGAGGGCUACGAGGACAAGGUGCUGAUCUCCCACGACAUCCACUCCAAGAACCGGCUGAGCGAGUUCGGCGGCCACGGCUACUCCCACAUCCUGAAGAGCAUCGUGCCCAAGAUGCUCAGCAGGGGCGUCUCGCAGCACCAGGUGGACAAGAUCCUGGUGGAGAACCCCAAACGCUGGCUGACCUUCAGAUGAGUCAGAGAGAGAGAGGGGGGGGGGGGGGGCGA